AUGGGAUUUGGAAGAAUUCUGAAGCUAUUUCUAAGCAAGAAAUCAAAAACAGCAAAUUGGUCUGGUACUUCUGCAUCAAGAGAAUUGGAAGUAAGUGAUAGCUGCGCGAUACAUUCAAAAAAGGAUAGCCCUUGUGACCUAGAAACCAGUUGCGCUGACAACCUGGAACGGACAUCGGUUCGUAGUAUUAUUGCCGGAUAUCAACAGCGGCAGUUUGCACCAAAACCAUCUCCCGCUACUCAAGGUAUACCUGUAGGACAUUGUCUGCGAGAGAAAGAAAAGAUCAGCAGUCAGAGAACAUUGAUAUCAGAAGCUGCUGAAGAGAAACACGACGUUGAAGCUCCUCUGUCUACAACAAUUGAAUCGCCUAAAGUUGCACAGAAAUCUAUUAAUAUGAUGGAAUCUAGAAAGCCAGUUGCGGCGCCUCCGGCACCGCCACUACCUGUACUUCCGGGUCAUCUGAAAAACUCGCCGUUGAAAUUACUAAAUGGUAAUGGAUGUGCGUUACCGACCUCGUCAAAUUUUUCAAAUGGUGUCCAUAAGAAAGCUUCAGCUUUAACUCCUGCUUUAAAUCGUGAUUCUGGCAAGUAUGAAGGGACAAAUGCAAAGUUCAAUGCGCCAAACAUAUCUUAUGGUUCGUCAUCAAGUUGCUUCCUACAACGUCUUUGCUGUUUCUGUCCUAACUCUAAGAAGCGUAUACCUGUGGCAGGUUCGCCCUCUCUCACUGUGACUCAAAAAAGUAAAGGAAGUGGACAUGCUUCUGAAGAAUAUCGUACAUUGAAUUUGAAUGGUCAUGUUGGGUUUGAUUCGCUUCCACAUCAGUUGGUUCGGAAAUGUACUGAACGAGGGUUUCAAUUCAAUUUGAUGUGUGUUGGUGAGACAGGUAUGGGCAAGACAACUCUGAUCGAGUCACUUUUCAAUAUGAAACUUGAGUUUCAUCCAUGCAAUAAUGAAUUAAAGACAGUAGAGCUGCUUUCCAAAACCUAUGAUGUCGUGGAAGGUGGAAUUCGGUUAAAACUGACUAUUGUUGAAACGGCAGGAUUCGGUGAUCAACUUGACAAGGAUAAGAGUGCUCAGGUAAUCGUUGAUUUCAUAAAUGAACAGUUUGAAAAUUAUCUGAAAGAAGAACUGAAAAUCAAGCGCUGCCUAGAUUAUUAUGAUGACACAAGAAUUCACGCCUGCCUCUACUUUAUAUCACCUACUGGUCAUGGACUCAAAGCACUCGAUGUUGUGACACUUCGACGUCUUGCAGAGCGGGUCAACGUGAUCCCCGUGAUUGCGAAAGCCGACACAACCUGCAAAGAUGAACUUAUACGAUUUAAAAGCAAGAUCCUGAGCGAGUUGCGAAGCCAUAAUAUUCCUAUCUAUCAGUUUCCGACUGACGACGAGACGGUUCGAGCAAUAAAUACUGAAUUAAAUCAACUUUUGCCUUAUGCUGUUGUGGGUAGUACGGAUUUUGUGAAAAAAGAGAAUGGUAAAAUGGUCAGAGCGCGUAGGUAUCCGUGGGGAAUGGUUGAAGUUGAAAAUGAGGAACACUGCGAUUUUGUCAAAUUACGGGAAGCAGUAUUGCGUACAAAUGUGGAUGCCCUUCGAGAACGAACUCAUAAAGUGCUUUAUGAAACGUAUCGUCGUGAGCGCUUGCGAGCAAUGAAAGUUGGUGACGGUGAUACCGGGCCUAAAAUGAUGGAAGCUUUCGCGCAGAGACAGCGCGAAUUUAUUGAUGAGAUGUCAAACAGGGACAGAGAAUUGCGUGAAGAAUUUGUUGCUCGUGUCAAUAAAAAAGAGGAGGAAAUGAAAAGACGAGAAGAGUUGUUAAAUUUGCGAAGCAAAGAAAUCAGUGACGGUUUUGAUGAAGAGUUGCGACGUAUUGAAUCACAGAUGCAUACAUUGCUGGAGGAAAAAGCAAAAUAUGAAUCCAAAGUUGCCGGAAAGAAAAUGAAAAAAUGA